GAACAAAACAUCGCCACUCGGGAAUCACAGGGGGAUUACAGCGGGCGCGGGGCGCGGGGGGCGAGCCUGCGCCCGGCCCCACCCAACACGCUCAGUGACCUGCGCGCCGCGCCGCUCGACGAUCGCGUCGCCGCCAACAAUAUGUCCGACUCCAUAAACGUUGUCUUCCCGCGAAAACUACUCAAGGAAUUCAUCUCCUUAUACCAAAGACUACCAUGCCUCUGGGACAAGCACUGCGCAUCGUACAAAAUGAAACACAAACGCCACGAGGCAAUAACAAAAUUGACCCAACUCGUACAAAUGUACGAUCCCAGUGCGACUAGAGUGCAUGUGUUGAGGAAAAUUGAAAGUUUGCGAGCCUGUGUGCGGAGGGAAUAUAAGAGGGUGCAGAACAGCAAGAAGACUGCUGAGAACGAAUCAGAGAUUUAUACUCCACAUCUGUGGUACUACGAUCUGUUCUCGUUCAUGUUUCAAACGGAAGAUACAAGCCAGGAAUUUGAGAAAACUAAAGAAAGCGCUUCGUCUCCUCAGUCAACAACUGUGGAUUCCGAACCCGAAGAAUCAGAAAGCAUGGCUGACGAAGACGCCUCGUUCAUCACUCCAAUGGAAGACAACUACACCGCGUUCAGCAUUACCAGUGUAUCAGGAGAAGUACCGGAGACUGCUCAUGGAUCCAAGAGGUUUAUGGAUGAUGACAAGAACAAACGUCAUUGUACUGAAGUGGAUGAUGAAUAUGAUGCUAUAGGUGUAAACGUGGCUGCGAAGCUGCGCAACCUGCCCGGCAACAUGAGGAUCCUGGCAGAGAAGUUGAUCAAUGAUGUGUUGUACCAAGCACAGACGAACGGACUGACUAAUGCUACGUUCAUAAGUACACCGGACCCUUUUAAAGUGUGACUGUCAUUUUAGA